CAGCAGAGACACGGAAGCAGAUUGUAAUCCUGUGUGUGAGGGUACUGCCGACGGAGGAGUCACACACACACACACACACCCGCAUAAUCGUAGCAGAUGUAAUAGCAGGGGGGUAAAAACAGAUCACCAUGGAGUGAAGGUUUCCGAAAGGCCAGAGGAGAGCCGUCUCUUCUUGUAUUCUGAGGCAGACUGUGCAGAUCUACACUUCCUGCUCCACCUCAUUCCUGCCUACAUUAUGCCGCUGCUGAUUCAUGUGCUGGCCUGCCUGUUUGGCAUGGGGUCCUGGGUGGCCAUUAACGGGAUGUGGGUGGAGCUGCCCCUGAUCGUACCCGAUAUCCCAGAGGGCUGGUACCUGCCCUCCUACCUCACCGUCCUCAUCCAGAUGGCAAACAUAGGUCCACUCUUCAUCACCCUGAUGCACCGCUUCCGCCCGGGGGUGCUGGACGAGCGGCCGGUCAUCUACGGCAUCGUAGUUCUGGGGAUCAUCGCUACAUUCCUGCUGGCCUUCUUCUGGAAGCACUCGGUUCCCAUAGGAAGCUCAUCGCACAGUGUUCCUCUGCUAGUUCUCAGUUUCUUGCUUUCUGUGGUGGACUGCACAUCUUCUGUUACCUUCCUACCAUUCAUGAUGCGGCUGCGCCCGCAGUAUCUCACUACAUACUUUGCAGGUGAAGGCCUCAGUGGCCUGGUGCCUGCUCUGGUGGCACUGAUUCAAGGCGUUGGAGUGGUCCACUGUCAGAACGCCACUUUGACUAUUAACGGUUCUCAUGUUGGAAGCGACGAGCUGCAGGCCGUCUACCAGCCGGCGAAGUUCUCGGCUCAGGUGUUCUUCAUGUUUCUAAGUGCGAUGAUGGUCGUGUGUCUGGUUUCCUUCAUCCUGCUCAACCACCACCCUGCCGUGGCUCGAGAGAGACAGAACGACCGGUACUUCGGCGGGGAUCUGGAGCGCGAGAAGAGAGAACAAGGUCUGUCGCUGCAUGCCCAGACGCCAGAGCAGAAGCCGAUGAUCGAUCCUCUGGAGGCCAUCAAGAGAGAACCCAGGAGCACUUUUGGGAUGGGGACCUACAGCAGCUUGGAGGUGGUGUUCAUCUUUGUCGUGUUGGCCUGGGUCAAUGCUUUGACCAAUGCGGUGCUGCCUGCAGUGCAGUCCUACUCAUGCCUGCCUUAUGGAAACAAGGCUUACCAUCUGGCUGCCACCAUGGCAGCUGUGGCUAACCCCGUGGCCUGCUUCAUCGCCAUGUUUGUACCAGUGAGGUCUCUUGUCUUUCUGGGUUUUUUGACGGUGUUUGGAACUGGAUUUGGAGCGUACAUCAUGGCCAUGGCUGCUCUGAGUCCCUGUCCUCUGCUGGUUCACAGUGCCUCUGGAACUGCAAUCAUAGUCGCAGCCUGGAUCCUGUUUGUUUUGUCCCUGUCCUACGUGAAGGUCAUCAUCGGGGUGAUCCUGAGAGAUGAGGGCCACAGCGCCCUCGUGUGGUGCGGGGCCGUGGUGCAGUUGGGCUCCAUGCUGGGCGCUCUGUCCAUGUUCCCACUGGUCAGCGUCUACGGACUGUUUAAGUCAGGAGACGCCUGCAACACCAAGUGCCCCAGAUAAACACUCUAAAAGAUUUACAUUGCACUUCUUGAAGCAGCACUGAACCGUCAUGAGCCUUUUGUUUGCAGAAAGCUGACAGGUCAAAGGUCACUACCAUGGUAUAGAUCAUUGUUUUGCAUUUUUUGUAUAUCAGAUGAGUUAUUUAAAAGGAAUAGCUUUAUGAUGACCUUAUUUAUUGACUUGUGGACUACUCAGAGCUGAAACUGUUCGUGCACAUGCACUGUGUCUCCAACCACAAGAGACCAAAGCUAAAUAGUAUUGCGCUGCUCGACACGUUACAUGAAUUUAGAACCAGUCAGUCAGUUUUACUUGAACACAAUGAGCUUUUCCUUUUUUUUUUUUUUUUUUAGAAGAGCAUCAACUCGUGGUACUUCGAACUUGAAAAUGUGCCUUAAUAUUAGACAGUGGUACAUUUUUGUUUUGUUUUUUUCUUUGUUUCAUUUUAGUGUACAAGACUGACAAAUAGGUCAGUUUGUUCUGUAUGUGUUACUGGAGUGAAGAGGCUUGCUUAAUAAAUAAAACAUUAAUUAUGGUGCGUC